AAUAAGGCCAACUAAAAGUAUUGACUUUUCUGGUAAACUGAAAACAAGAGAAAGUUAAUUUAAAAGGUGAAUUAAUAACAACAGUAGAUCGUUAGAUUAUAACAUUUAACUUUGCUCCCAAUUGUCAUUUUCAUUUUUGGUCAUCUUCCUUUCGUGUCUACCUUCAUGUUGUUUCAUUGUCCAUAACAAUUUAAAUUCAGUUGCUAAAGUGUUGACCAAAAGAGUUGCGACUUAUUCAAGUUAACCAUUUUAUAUUUUGUCAAGUUACUUCUUUAAUUUUACAUCCCUUAUGUUAAUACAACUUACAAUAAGCUCAACUUAAUUUUUGGAGGUUAUUUUUGUUGUUAAUUAACAAUGUUUUCCAGGAAUCUAUCACAAUUUCAAUAGCCAAAUGAGUGUUGAUCAGCCAGUUUCAAGGAAUAAUGACAGACUAUUUCGUGAUAAGCUUGAUGGAUGCCUUGAACCAUGGCAAGCAAGUCUAUUUGCAGGCAUUUAUGCCUCUUCCACAAGUAUAUUUGAUUUAUUAUGGAGUACUGCCAAUAUGAUCCAUGAAGCUCAUCCGAUCAUCUUUUUCAUCUUGCUUGCUAUGGCUAUUGAAAGUGUUAUUUUCAUUUUAGCUUCUUGUUUGCUCUUCUAUGGGCUAGCAAAAAAAAGCUCUUGCUGUUUUAUUCCUUGGAUGAUUGUAGCCGUUAUUGAUAUCACCCUUGAUUUAGCUCAUAAUUUUGUUGAAAUAUCAUUACCAGUGAGUCAACAAACUGCUUGUGUACCUUUAGUGUCACAAAAUGUACCAGAAAGAUUUCUUCGUUGGAAACGUACUUAUGCCGCUCCGUGUAUAUUAGCCUUAACUGGUCUUCUAAUUAGAUUGUUUAUUUGUACAGUUAUGCUUUAUGCUCUUUAUUCAGUGUAUAGACAAUACACGCUCAUAAGUGAUGGUACAAAUUCUAGAACAAAAAUCAAAGUAUUUCCAGCCGAUGGAGAGGAAAAUGAUAAUGGAUCUAAAGCUUGACUGUUUGAACUAAAAGAUCAAAUAUGGGUGCAGAAAUGUAUAGAAACGCACAUUAGAAUUUCCUUCAAAAUGUAACUUUAGAUUGUACACUUGAUUGCUAUUAAAUGGUUGAAAUUGUUUUAUUA